UUGCGUUUUAUACUUCCUGUUUCUAAAUCGGAUAUUGAAACAUUAUCCUUAUGAGAAUAGUGUAUAUUUAUUAGAAAACACUUAAAGUAGCUCCGGUUGAAAGGAAUAAAAUUGUUGUUAAAGUAAAGAUUUCAAGAAAUGGAUUGAUGGAAAGAUUUGUUCCAAGUCUAUUAUAGAAAAAAUAUGACAGAAAAUAAACCAAUAAACAAAACGGUAACAAAAAGCAAUACAUUAGUCGUUGUUGCUAUUGAUUUUGGGACAACUUAUAGUGGAUAUGCAUUUUCGUUUCUGGAUAAACCGGAUAAAAUUGAAACAAAUGAAGCCUGGGUAGCCGGAUCGGCACAGCUAAUGUCACUCAAAUGUCCAACAGCAGUGUUGCUAACACCAGAGAAGGAGUUUCAUUCAUUUGGUUUUGAAGCUGAGGACAAAUUUGCUGAUUUGGCAGAAGAUGACGAACACCAUGACUGGUAUCUUUUUAGACGGUUCAAAAUGAGUCUCUAUUCUACAGGAAAGGAUUUACAAAUAAACACAACGAUAGAAGAUAUAGCAGGAAAAAGUGCUCCAGCGAUAGACAUUAUUUCACAUUCAAUUCGCUUUUUGAAAAAGCACGCUUUAGAAACGUUAAAUCUGAGAACAAUUGGAAUUAGGGAGAGUGAAAUACAAUAUGUAAUGACAGUACCAGCAAUAUGGAAUGAACGUGCGAAACAGUUCAUGAGAAGAGCAGCAAAUAAGGCUGGCAUUCCAAACAACUUCCUUACACUCGCUUUAGAACCUGAGGCAGCGUCUAUAUGGUGUCAAGUUGUAACUGAAGACACGCCCGCUGAUGCUGAACUGUCUGCGAACUAUAUGGUUGUUGAUUUAGGAGGUGGAACAGCUGACAUAACUGUUCAUCAAAAGAUGGAUGACGGAAGUUUGAAAGAACUUCAUAAGGCAAGUGGUGGAGCUUGGGGUGGAAAUGAAGUAGACAAAGCCUUUAUAGAAAUAUUUAAAGAGAUUAUUGGCGAAAAGGCCAUGGAAAAGUUCAUACAAGAAGAAAUGCCGAACUACUUUGAUCUUCUAAGAGAAUUUGAAACAAAAAAGCGCACAAUAACAACGGAUACAGCUGGGAAAAUUGCGUUUAAAAUCCCUGCUUGUCUAAGAGAAUUUGCGGAGUCUGACGGUGAAAGUGUGAAACAAAAAAUUGCCAAUUCAAGAUUUAAGAAUAUUGUCACGUGGACAGGGGAUAAAUUGAGGAUUGAAAAGGCUACUGUUAAAAAGCUAUUCGAUGUUUCGAUUAACAAAUUGAUUAACCAUGUGAAAGAGUUAUUUACUGAACCGAAGCUAGAAGAUGUUGUCACAGUGAUUCUAGUGGGCGGAUUCGGAGAAUGCGCCCUGGUGAAAGCAGCAUUUAAAGAGUCUUUUUUCCUGAUAAAAGGCUGA